UUCACAAGAUGAGACUGGUGGUGGAAUCGCUGGAAGGGAGGGGUGCGUGGGUGGUCCCGCCUGAGGCGGGACACGUGCUGUUAUCCAUGCUGACGUUCUAUCUUCUCUACAUAUAUAACAUCAUCCGAUCGUGCGCUUUCGGUCUUGGGUGGCUCCCGAUUGACUUCAUUUCCUCAAACACACACGUACAGCGGAGAUCUGUCCCCAAGAGCUGACUGUCUGCCUCAUGGGAAAAUCGCUGACAGGGCAUGACAUCGACAAGUCACUGUACUGAUGGCCUCACGUUUUGUGUGCCAUGCUGCCCUUGCUGGCUUAUCUUGCCCGCCGUCACCUUACUAACCUGGCGCAGACAGCAGGCCAGGAUAAUAUGGUCACGCCUGGCGGUGGCAGCCAUGCAAUGGGCCGCAUAGCAUUGAAGCAUCAUCGAAAGCAGGCGAGACAGAAAGAUAGACGCACACCACUGGGAGUCAAAAACGAAACGCAUCCGCCGUAUCGCACCCACCAUCCGUUGGUCAAAACACUACACCUGCCUCCCUCCCUGUCUGCCUGACAGACCACAUCGACUGACUGAUCCAUGCACGCUUAGCAUGCACCACCCGGACGCAAUAGAUACCCUGACCACACCAGCUGUCCUCCCACCCACUCACUGCCGCAUUCGUAAUGCACCGCACCAGUUAGUUACUCUACACACACGAAUCGGCGAAGAUGAUGAUGGCAGGCACACCGACGUGGCGCAGCACAAGGUUGGUGAUGGAAAAAUAGAUGAUGCGUUCGUUGCUCCGUAUGGCGCCCCAGGGGAGGGGGAGGGGGAGGGGAGGGGAGGAGGGAGGGAGGGGGAGGGAGGGCCAUGGGAUGGGUGGAGGGAGGCUCAUCAGAGGAUGAAUUUGUGGAGGUCGGUCUUCUUGAGCAGCUCACCAACAGCAGUGCGGACCACAUCAGCCGUGAUGCUCACCCUGCCGAGGUCCAGGUGCCAUGGGAUCAAUGAUGUCUUUGCGUGUGCAUGUGUGUGUCGGGGUAAGCUUACUUUUUGCCCGACUCCAUCUCUGGUGCAUUGUAGCUGAACUCCUCCAUUAUCCUGACAGGCAAAGACAGCGACAGAGAGACAUGUCGGCGUGUCGUUUGUCUGUUCGUCUCUCUGGCAGUGUCUCACUUCUCGAUGAUGGUGUGCAGCCUCCUGGCUCCGAUGUUCUCGACCGACGUGUUGACCUCAGCGGCAACUGCUCCCACCAAUGAGAGACACAACUUUCACUCCACCCACGAGCACUCAUUUCCCUCGUCUGUGUACCUUUGGCGAUUUCCUGCACCGCUGUCUCGUCGAAGACGACCUCCACACCCUCUGUCUCAAGCAACGCUGCAUAAUGAUGGCACACACAGGGAGAGAGACAAGAUAUCCGCACACACAUCUGCGCAUCUGUGUGUUGCUUUACCUUUGUUCUGGUCAAUGAGGUUGUUCCGUGACUCCUUGAGAAUCUUGACAAAGUCCUCCUCUGUGAGCGGCUUGAGCUCCACUCUCACGGGCAGCCGCCCCUGCAGCUCGGCCAGCAUAUCGCUCGGCUUCACCGAGUGGAAGGCACCGCUCGCUAUGAACAGAAUGUAGUCCGUCUUGACGCUGCCUGCACACGCACAUGAGAAUCCACACAUACGUCGUUUGCGGGAUGUCUCCACUUCUGUCUUGGUGUGCAUGUGUCGGCUGACUGACCAUAUCGAGUCGGUAUUGAUGAUCCCUCAAUGAGUGGCAGGAGGUCUCGCUGCACGCCCUCUGAGGAUGCAUCGGGGCCACGAUACCCACCCUGCAAACGGGGGAGAGAGAGGUGGAUGGAAGAACGGAUGGAGUUGAUCGAUCACAUGCAGGUGGCUGACCGAUUUGGUGCAGAUCUUGUCGAUCUCGUCUAUGAACACAAUGCCCUCCUGCUCGACGGCCUCUAUCGCCUUCUGCAAAACCAUGUCCUGUUGGUGAAUGGUCAACGCACACCAAGACAGGUCGCACCAUACCAUGCUGGGGAGUUAGUUACUGAUGCGCACCGCACCUGGUUGAUCAUUUUGUCGAGUUCGAUUUGGACGAGUUUGGUCUUGGCCUCCUUGAUGGCCAUCUGCUUCUUCUCGGUGGGCUUCUUGCUGCUCCCACCACCUGCACACACACACACAUACAUCCACGUAGAACAUGGGAGUAUCUGUGGGUGUCUGUCGUACUCCUGCUACCCACCGGUGGGUGUGACGACCUUGAUGGCCUUGAUGUUGCCCUGCCUUUGUGUGAUGUAGUCCUGGAUGAUGUCGGACACGUCAACACCGAAGCCAACGGCCUGCGGCAUGCCGCUGCCCGAACCACCCACUGCACGAGUCACACACCACCCACAGAUGCACACACAUCAGCGGGAGCUCAUUGGGCGGCAGGUAUACGUGUGUCCUCAUGCAUACUCGGGAAUGAGUUUGGUGGCGAUAUUGGCACCUCAACUUGGAUCAUCUGGUCGUCCAGGUGACCCUGAACACACAUUGUCAACCACCACCACCGCCAUGAGUACCUCCCAUCUCCCUCCCCUGCCGCUUCUUUGCUCACAUUCCUCAGGUGGUCAAGCCAACUCUGACGGUCAGAAUUCUGAACGCACCCAGCACAACAUGUGACCCCAAAUGACCCUCCUCCCCAUGUCGUCGCGCACACCCUCCCACGUACGUACCCCGAUCUUUCCGAGCAGCGCCUCGAGUAUCUUCUUCUCGGCGGCCUCUUCUGCCUGUGGCUUGAGCUCCUCCUCGAGCCGCUGCCUUUGCCUCUUGAUGGCCAGCUCCACCAGGUCCCUCAGGAUCUGGUCCACGUCGCGGCCGUGGAAGCCCACCUCGGUGAACUUGGUCGCCUCCACCUUGAUGAACGGCGCAUCCACCAACUUGGACAGACGACGCGCAAUCUGACGACACGAAUGGGCCAAGGAGUAAUCUGGUGCCUGUGGGGUGUGUUGUGUGGCUGUGUGCGUACCUCUGUCUUGCCGCAGCCGGUGGGUCCGAUCAUGAGGAUGUUCUUGGGCAUGAUGUCUGAUCGAGCAGCGCACGCGCACACGUCCACAACAUGGAAUCCUUCUUUCUGUGUGGUUAUGGCUUACCGUCCUUCAUUUCUGAAUCCUUCAGCUGCUGACGCCGCCAACGAUUCCCUACACAGAUAAUGACAGACACAACAAAUUGAUACGCAUGUGCCUACAUGCGUUCUCCCCCCUCCCCCCCUCCCUCCCUUACGCAGUGCGUUAGCCACUGCCCUCUUGGCGUCUUUCUGCCCGAUGAUGUACUGGUCCAGGUACUGCACCAUCUCUGAGGGCUUCAUGCCCUUCCGCUCACUCACACGCCCCCUGGCCUUCUCCACCACAUCCUUGUCGCCAUCGGCGGCAGCCGUGGCAGCCUCCUUCGCAGGCUCCACACCAUUCUCGCCGCUCACCGCAUUCAGAGGCGUGAUCGGGGGCUCGGACGAAGCCGACUGCGUGUCGGAUGCAGCCGCAGCAUCGCCACCAGACUCCUUCCCCGGUGUCGUGUCGGGCUGUUCUGUCGCCUUGUCGGCAUCGGCCUUGGCUUCAUCCUUCGACUCGCUCGAGAAGUGCCGCACAGCACUCCUGUAGGCGUCCCGGUCGAUGACGAACAGGGUUGCUGGCUGCAGAGAGGCCGGAUGUCUCUGUCUGGAGCAGUGCGAUAGGUGCCGGAUGUGUGUGGUGAAGGGGAGUCUGUCGCUGAGCAGGGAGGGGGGGGGCGGGGCGGCAAAUCGACGGCGGCCAGCCGACGCUGUUCGCAGGAUGCUCUGGUGACGCAUGACCACAGCAAAAGAUGAUGUACAAGAGACUCUCGCAGAUCAGCAGCACCUUUCACAAAGGCCUAGCAACGCCUCUGCAUUUCCUCCUUUUCCG